AUGACAAAAACUGUCUUUCUGUCUGGUUGUGGUGGUGGAUAUGAUCUAUUUGGUGCUUUGCCACAUUAUUUUAAAAUUAAAGCACACGGUGAUUGUGACAUUACACUUAUUAACUACACGUUUACUACACGUGAUCUUCUAACGAAGUAUAGUCGACAUUUGACAACAAUUCUCUAUCGUGUUGAACCAAUUCAGAAUGCUGCAUGGCUAACAGAUGAAAUAUAUUUCCCUGAACAACGUUUAGCUAAUGAAAUUCAAGUACCAAUUUAUGCAAUUUUAUGCAAUCAUCAAGAUACGCGAAUUGAAUUAAUCGUUGAAGCUUAUGAGUAUCUAAUAGCAAAACGAACUAUAGAUGAAAUUAUUCUAUUUGAUUGCGGUUGUGAUGUUUUGCUAACAGGAAAAGAACAAAGAUUAGGAACUCCUGUUGAAGAUAUGUCACAUGCACGUGCUGUACAAUUAUUAUCAUCGAAUGAAGUAAAAUCGAAAAUUAUUGCAGUUAUUGGUACUAAUAUCGAUGUUGGUCAUGGUGUGAUACAAUCUGAUAUUGAUGAUCGUUUAGCUGCACUUGCUCCAGGAGCUAUUUUUACCUGGUCGUUACAAUACGAACAUGAUGAACAUGUGCGUCGUUAUGUUGAAAUUGUUUCUCGUUGUUCUCCAUCUCAUACAAUUGUUCAUAGUUUGGUAUGUGCAGCUCUACAAGGCCAUCGGGGAUAUUAUUUACCUGAUCAUUUAAAAAGUCGUAUUCACAAGUCAGUUGUACCGCUAACUGAUGAGACAUGUGUUUGUACUGGUUAUCAUUUUGACGACGUUAUGCGUGAUAAUGUGUAUUUGGAACGAUUAGAACCUUGUAUGAACUUGAAACAAGUACUUAAUACUAUUUAUUAUAGAAAUGAAAUCAGUAUUGAUGAAUCUUCGACGAAGCAGGUUAUAUCGUCACUCAAAAAUAAUAAAGAUGAAAAAAGUGUAAUCAUGUAA